GGGGGGAAAGCGAAAGGGUAAAGAGCAGGGUGGGUGACGAGACCUAGAAGCCGGCGCAAACACUGGGCCGGCGAUCGCAAGCGCUACCUAAACCGCGCGAGAAGAGUCGCGUGCGUGCGCAUUCGGGAAGGAACAGGCUAGACACCGGAACACGGACUCCAGAAUUUAGCUUUCGUGCUGCGCGUGCGCAAACGAGCAGGCCGAAGGCGAAGGACUUUAUUAGCACGAACUCAAAGCGCUCUGGGCCUUCUUGGCGCUCCUGCGCCGGCGCGCGGUCCAGAAUGAGGCGGUCCGGGGAGGAGAUGGCCCAGCUCGCCUCCUCCCGUCUGUGUGAAGGCUCUGGGGAGACUCCAGGUUCUGUUCCCGAAUCGGCUCCAAGGUCUCUCGAGACGAGGGAGGGGCCUCAGCGAACUGGGAAGAGAAACCGGGAAAAGCUUCUCUUUCCAAUGUAGGGCAGGCUAGACCGGAAGGGGCGAGGGAGGGGCUCCCGGCUCCCACCGGAACUCACGCAAUAAUCCCCCCUUUGUUCACUGCCAUGGCAACGGUGACGCUGUCUCUCGUUAUUUAACCGCGGGAGCAGACAACUCUCCGGAGUCGGAGCUAGCCCGCUCGGGAGACAUCGAGCCGAGAGUGGUUUCAGAAUAGUGGAGGACGUUCUGAAGCGCGCAUUGAGCAAAUUCAGUAAUCACAAGGGCUCCUUGCAGCUCCUCUGAUCUGUAACAGCAGUCCUUCCAGCCAGAAGCUUGCGAAGGAGCUCCAGGAACAGCAGAAAUCCCCCUAAGUGCUCCUUGUGUCUCUCAGUAUCAAGGUAGGAUGUUCAAAGUAGACAUCCAAUCUGAACAGAAGCAGGCUGUGGCCAUUGAAGCCCGAAGAACCCGAGAAAAACAGAGGCAGAGCCGAAUCUUUAAUGUUCAGAACCAAGUGAUUGGGGUGGACAUGGAAGCCUUAAAAAACCAGGUGAUGGAACGAAGAAAGAGAGAGGAUGCUGAGCGGGCUCGUGAAGAAGCCUUUGAUGCUAACUGUGUCCAGUGUGACUUAAUGGCCCAAAUGCUGGAGAAGGAGGAAGCGCAGCGUGCCCGACAGGUAGCUCAGCAAGUACAGGCCUUUCGUGAGAAGGAGCAGCAGCCCCAACGCUGCAGAGAGUUUGACCCGUCUGACCCAGCCAGAGUGCAGAAAAAGCCAGUAAGAGUGGGUGACCAGGACCCCUGCUGUGGACCCUCCAGCAUGCAGUACUUUGCGGGGGAAGAUCUGAACUGCACUACACGCCGACGUCUACAACAAGAACAAUCCCGUCGUGAUUUGGGCUGUCAGUGGGAGGAGCACCUCCAGGCCAAGAGGCAGGAGAAGUACUUGGAUAUUUUAGAGGGCCAGAGGCAGAUAGAGAUGGAUCUACGCGCUGUUCACCUGGACGAACUGGAGGCUACCCACCGUAGAGUCAAGGAUGUAGCCAUGGCAAAUUACAACAGGACUCAGGCCACAGAAAUGGACAUACAGCAGCAGCUGGCUCGCCAGAGGGAGCAGGAUGAUAACCUCACUGAAAUCUAUAAUCAUCUGACCAGUGACAUGCUGACUGAGAAGCGCCUCGCCUCCUCAAAGUCACAAAAAAUGAUCCAGAAUCACUGGAAGGGCAUGAGUCCUGAGCAAAUAGCCGCCAUCCAGAAGGAACAGGCAGUACAACGCCUUGAAGCCCAACACCGGCGGAAGGCCGAGAAGCGCCAGGAAGCCGAGUGGGCCCGUCGGGAGCAGAUGGCUGCUCAGACUGCUUGCCAGCUGGAACACGAGCAGCAGGUCCAAGCACAGAAGCUGCGUCGGGACCUGGAUGCCUACAACAAGGAGCUGGCUCAAGAGCAGCAGGCCAAAAAGGACUACCUGGAUAAAGUGGUUUACACCAACGAACCCACAUCCCAGUUCUACCUGCAGUUCAACACCAGCAGCCGCUGAGUUGGGAGGCGCCCAGCCCUAGCAUGUGGAACUCGGGCUAGGGCAGGAGUGGAAUUCCGUGAAAAAAUAAAGGGAUUUUGGG